AUGACUUUCCACAGAGUAAAGGUUGAGGAUUAUUACAAAGUGUUGUCUAUAAGAUCACCAAAGGAUGUUUAUGAGGGAUACGAUUACUUACCAGAUCGCUUCCAUAAACUGAUUAGUAGUUCCUCAACUGAAGGGUAUGCAGCCUCUAUUGACAACAAAUUUGUUGCUUUCCAAAUAGUGAAUCUUUUAGAUGAUGGUCGCACGGUCUUAAAGAAAGCUGGACGCGUGGCUAAGGAAUAUGAAGGAACAGGAAUAUAUAACGCGCUUGAUUCAUUUACACAACAACAGUAUAAUUUAUUGGUUUAA